AUGGGGACCAGCCGGAAAGGGGACGCCAGCGGACCCGCCCCCGCGGCCUCCCGCUUCCGGUCGCCCCGCCCUCUGGGUGCAGUAUUUGUGUUCUGCGCUGCCCUGAAGGCGGGGAUCUUGAACUCCGGUGGGGCGCCUUAUUUGGAGCAGGGUAACCCGAAGGGGAAUCUGCUAGGUGGCCAUGACACAGAAGUCACAGGAGACCAAGGCACUGACCAGUUGGGAACUUCUCACAAUGUCAGGCUUCCCCCUGAUGCUCCAGCUCAACCCCUCAAGGUGGGAAUCCUCCAGCCUUGGAAGCAGCUGAGGCCCGCCCAGGAGUGCCUCACUCUGCCCAUAGAGUUGCAGGCAGAGAGGAUCACUGGUCAUCUGGAGCUGCAGCCUACAAGCCUGAUCAGAGAGGGUGGCACGGAGGACCCCACUGAGAGUUUCCUCCUGCCAGGAGGACAGGGACACAUAUGUUAUCUCUGUGCCCUCACACGUUCUACCCCAGGCCCAGUGGAGUUCUUUAGAGGUGAGCAAAUGGAAAGGGAGGUGGGAGAUGAGGGGUUGGAAGGAAGUGUACAGUGAAGGGCUGGGGAGCCAUGGAGGCCAAGAGGAUGGAGGGUUGGGGGGCUGUCUGUGGCCUCAGUUCCUUAUCCCUCCAAGAACCAGGUAGAGGAGCUCAGUUACCAGACACUGGAGCCAUCGCCUGGGCCAGACAUGAAGCGCUCGUGGCAGAUUUUUGUCCUGUGGGUCUUCUGGGUGUUCAUCUUGUGGCUGAUGGUCCCCUGCUUGGAUCCGAAGCAUGAGUGGGCACCCCAGGAAAAAUGGAUAAACAUGGUGCCAUGGUGUUGCUGCCGCCCUUGGUUCAAAUGCAGGAUAAGUGACUACCCAUCUAGGACCCUCAAUUACUCUCUCUGCCACGACACAGUCAGAAGGGACCAGUUUGAUGCAGGCAACCAGAAGAUGAAGGGAUACUUGAUGGGAGCAGCAGAGUCCACAAGCCCCAAUGCUGUGCUCUGGUGGCUGGUCAGUGAUCAACACAGGGUCAUUCCGCCCCAUCCUUCCCAGGCCCAGCCCACUUCCACGUUCGAGCUCAAAUCCCUGCCCUCGGUGGAAGUCUCAUUCACCCUGGUCUGCUUUCCUUCCACUGAGAGCCGAUACCUGGGUCCCAGCCUCCAAUCUCCUCCUUCCCACUGUUUUCAGGGCAUGCACUCAGCAAGUGAACUGGGCAAAGUGUGGAAGAAGCUGUUGGAGGCAAUUCCCAGGCCCUCAGUGAGCCAUCUCCAUCUCUUCUGCGGAUCUUGUGCAUUGACAGGGAACUCAAAGAUCCUGAGGGCCAUCAGCCUCCAUAGCAACGUCAACCAGUACAGUGUGGUCUCCAGGAAUGCCAGGGACCAGGGUUCCUGGAGACAGCUGCUGCUGCUGCUGCUGAAGCUUUUUGAUCUGGCUUGGACUUCAGAUGUUCUGAGUGAGGAGGUGAUGGUCCUGGUGAUCAGCCCCACCUUCCUCAGGUACAACUAG